CCCUUUAAUGCCCAAGAAACGUGUGUCAAAUGUGGCCUUUUGCUUUUCUGCAGACUGAUUUUCACAUGGAUGGGACUCAGCUGAAGAUGGGAAGCAUGUUUGAGCGGUUCAAACUAAAAUUUAAGAAGGAUCAGCAGAAACCAGGCAGAUCUCCCAAACCUGACACCUCUCCUAAAAUCUCCCCUUCCCCUGGAAGUCACAGCAGCAGUGACUGGCGGCCACAUUCCCAAAUCUCCUGGCCUGGACACUGCAAGCGUUGGUCACGUCGUUACGAUGCUUAUAUCCGCCAUAGUGAGAGAGACUCUGAUUACGCUAUAGAAUUGCUUCAUUAUUUGGAGGCUCAGCCGGAGGAUCUGCGAUGUUUCGUGCCCAUGAGAGACUUGGCAUGGGGGAGCCCUAUCCCCUCGGAGAUUUGCAACAGUUUGGGGAACAGUCACUGCUGGAUAAUGCUGCUCACUCCGCAGUUCCUCGAUGAUGACUGGUGUCUAUAUCACAUGCACCAAGCUCUGGCGGAAUCACCUCUUUCUGAAGGCCGAAUCAUUCCUGUAAUGAUAAACCUGGAAAUGUCUCAAUAUCCAUUGGUGCUGAGGUUUAUGCAGGCCAUCAAGUCCCAGUCAUGUGAUGCCAGUGUGUUUUGUAAAAUAAGGGACAGCAUUUACAACUAUAUGAUAACAAACCUGCAGACUAAUGACCCUACAAUGGAGAGGCAAGCUGCGUCAAGCAAUAACGUUCAUGAAAGUAGCGAUGAGACGCAUAAAUCCUGCAGCAGCACAAUGGAAAGCAAAUUUCAGGCAGAAGAAUACAGCAGUAGGAUCCAGGAAGCUAACCGAAGAACUGACUCCUCAAGAUAAGCUUCAACAUACUGGAGAUCUGCAGUAGCAUGCAAGGAAGAAGUUGUAAAGCACAGGGGUCCUGCAGUAAAAUAAAGUAGACGGAAAUCUCCAGUAGAGACAUGGAUAAGAGAAGCUACGAGACACAGGAGGCCAGUAGAGAAAUGAUCAGCCAAGUACAAUACUCCAACAUUAACACACAGACUGCAAGGAACUCCCCUACUUUAAGCAGCGCUAAUAUAUCCACACGCCUAAUCAACGGUGAUAGCUACACGUAUGGAGAUGCCCUGGCCCUCAACCAAAAGACUUGCUCUUGCACAUGGACUUCUUCUAGGAGCACAACAAAUGAGUAAAAAGUGUGCAACAUGCUCUCUAUUUUUGGAAUAUAUAUAUAUAUUUUACUUUUAUGGGACACAUUGAGAUAGGUGCCACUCCCAUUGACUUGUAUAGGACAUCAACAAGUCUGAUUUUCGGAUUCAGGCUUUUUGCAGUGAAAAAAAACU